GCUCUAUAUUUGCUGAAGUAUGCAUCCAUUUCAACUGUCAGCCAACCUGUUUUCGGGCAUUCUAACCAUGAGGCAUUCUAAAGAUAAGCUGUUAAGCAAGUCUAUGGUUAGCCUGCACCAUAUUACCACAUUCCUAAACCAUUUGUUUUCUUCUCAGCUGAGAGAUUAAGUGGGUUGGCCGAGGAUGUCCUCUUGCAGGUGACAUCGACUGUUCUUGUAUAAAAGCCACCAGCAUUGUCUAAGGCGAAGUCCUUGUCUCUGUGCCUCUGAGUUGAAGGGAAAUGGCAUUUGGUGGAACUCUGUGGAUGCUGAUAUUAUAUACAACUAUUUUCAUUCAUUUCUUGCUGUUAGUGUGGGGAGUUUCUUAUGCUCUUGCCAGGACCCACGUGCCUCGAGGACUCAGCCGUCCUGCACCAUUGAUACUUGUAAAUCUCUUAGUGGGAUAUGGAUUUGUACUGGGACGAAUUCUGGAAAAACUGGGCAUCUGCCAUAGAUAUUCCACACUCAAGGCCAUAAACCUAUUAAUUCCAGAAGUGAAGGACCCAAAAAUGAUCACAAGGGAUCUGGUUUUUGAUGGGGUGCCUGUGAGGCUGUACUGGCCCAAGACAUCACCUGCUGGGAACAGGAAAGGAAUCAUCUUUCUUCAUGGAGGGGUUGCACUAUUUGCAAGCAUCCGAACUUCUGCAAGGAUCUGCCAUUCGCUUGCCCACGGAACCGACUCAGUGGUUAUGUGUGUUGAGUUUCGUUUAGCUCCUGAGCAUCCCUAUCCAGUCCCUGUACUGGACUGUUUAACUGCUGUAAUACACUUUCUGAAGAAUGCAAAGGAAUACGGAGUGGACCCCAACUGCAUUGCCAUUGUUGGGGAGAGUAGUGGAGGCACUUUUGCUGCAGCCAUUUGCCAAGAACUGGUGACCAGAGAGGAGCUCCCAAGAGUGCGAGCUCAGGUCCUGAUCUACCCAUUCCUCCAAGCAAUGGACUUCAAUUUGCCCUCCUAUCUGCAAAACCAAUCAGUUCCUCCCUUGUUCAGGAAACGAGGUAUUAAACUCGCUUUGACAUAUCUCACUGGGAAGACAAUGAAUGUAGAUGGAAUUCUGAAAGGCGCCCAUGUCCCUCCUGAUUUGAGAGAGAAAUACCAAAAAUGGAUAAGUGCUGAUAACAUUCCGGAAGAAUUUAAAGCUAGGGGCUAUGUUCCUGUAGCACCUGCCCCAUUUUCAAAAGAACUUUAUGAACAAGUUAAAAGAGGUGCUGAGGCAAUGUUUGCCCCCCUUCACGCAGAGGAUGACAUAAUCCGCCAGCUCCCAGAGACUUUCAUUCUAACCUGUGAAUAUGAUUUUCUCCGGGACGAUGGGCUGUUGUACAAGAAGCGGCUAGAGGACCACGGUGUGCCAGUGACAUGGUAUCAUGUUCAAGAUGGAUUUCAUGGAAUAAUGACCCUGGCUGGUUUGAAGGCAAUUGAAUAUCCGAGCACACAGAAAUGUUUGCAGAAUGUAAUACAGUUCUUAAAAGGUUUAUAGAAAUGAAUGACAUUCUUUGUCUUCCUAUGGCAGUCUUCCCCUUCUGUGGACGGAAAUAUCGUUCCUCAU